AUGAAUGAACCAGAACGUUGUUGUAUAUCAAGUCUAUUUAGUGCUCAAAUCAGUACAUCCAGCGGUGUGAAAUUGCCUGAUGGUACAACUUUCAGCUCUUAUGUAAGUCGUUUUUGCUUUCCGAACAAAGAUUCAUGUAACAUGUCGACUAUACAUUCAAUAGGGAUAUUACAAUUUUUCGUAUGAUGCAAACCGUGGUCUAGUUGGAAUGAAAGGUGUAUCGUUUUCAGUACCAAAACAGGAGAAAUCAAACUUACGGAUCAUUGAAAAUAUCCCU